AUGGCGGCCACCACCAAGAGCAAGAACAUUAUUAUGGCCCCCAUUAAAGAUAUGGUCAGCAAAAACGACAACACUAGAAUCCUGAAUGGAGGGACCGUGGUCGAAGUCACAAAUAGCAAGCAAGCCAAGCAUGCCGAACAAGCCGGAGCGUGCGCUGUUUUGGUAAUUGAUCCUAUCUCUUAUUCUUCAUCUUCUAAAAAUUACAUGAUCACUGCAUCCCUCAUCAACAACAUCAGAAUAAUCGAGAAAGCUGUCCUCGGAGAGGCAUUGAAGAGGGUGAGUGAAGGAGCGACUUUGAUAAAGAUUCAAGAUGGAAUAUUGAUGUUCAAAAGCCUUUCGGGUUCAAAAGAAUAUUGCGCGAGUGAUAUAGUAACGGACAAAAUAAAAACUCUCCCAAUUGAUCAUAAUGGUAUGGCGCUCGGAUACUCCGAGCCGCCGUUGGAGCUUCCUUUGGCCCAAUUUGUUGGUGGUGGCGGCGGUGGUGGUGGUAGCAUUCGUAGUCCGGCAGACGGAGUUAAGAUGAUGAGUGUGGGGUUUGAUGGAGUGUUUCUUGAUCCAAAGAAUCUUCCAUGGUUCGGCCGGGACAAGCAUGUUAAGAACAUCAUUGAUGCUGUUAGACACCAUGAUCGCAAAGGAGACAUAUAA